AGUACGGUGAGGAGCGAUCGACCAGUGAAGAGCCGGGAUAAAAUCGGGACGACAGCCAACAAGGCGACAAGCAAUUAUAGAAUUGGAUUGGAUCGAGGAGUUCGAGGAGGCCCGCGACGCCGGUUUCGUUUUAUUUUAGCUUAGCUUUCGAAGGCAUCCGGUUGUGCAUUCUCAUAGCGGAUCAUCGCUACGAUCACUAAAUUCAAAAAGCCGACGAGGAUCAACCGAUAAAAGGGGAGAGAAACACCGAUCGUCAUCAUGGAGGCGAUUAAGAAGAAAAUUGCGGCGCUGAAGAUGGAGAUGGACGCCGCGAACGAGAAGGUGGAGGCGAACGAGACCAAGGCGAGAUCGGAGGACUUUCGAGCGGACAAGUUAUUCGACGAGGUGAGGGAUCUGCAGAAGAAGCUGGCCCAACUCGAGCGGGACUACGUGGUUGCCAAGGCCAAUUUGGAGCAGUCCACCGCCGAUCUGGAGCAAUGCGAGAAAUCUUACUCCAGGGCAGAGCAAGACCGGACCACGUUGACGAAGAGAGUGCAAGAAAUCGAAGCGUCGCUCACGAAGAAGGAAGAGCUGCGUCUUUCUGCUCAGCUGAAGCUUGGACGUGCGACAGAACUCAACGAUGAUGCGGGGAGAAUGUGCAAAGUGUUGGAGGACAGAAGUCGGCUGGACGAGGAGCGCAUGGAGAAGCUGAUGCAGGAGCUGAAGGACGCCAGACUGAUCGCUGAAGACGCGGACGCCAAGUCCGACGAAAUAUCCAAGAAGCUGCAAUUCGUUGAAGAGGAAUUGGAAGGGGCCGAGGAAAGAGUGAAAACCAGCGAGGCGAAAAUCAUCGAACGAGAGGACGAGCUGUUCAUCGUGCAGAAUAUUGUCAAGUCCUUAGAAGUGUCCGAGGAGAAGGCUAACCGACGAGUAGAGGACUUCAAGCUGCAACUGAAGGAACUGAAGAAGCAACUAAAGGCGGCCGACAAGCGUGCCAUUUUGGCCGAGAGAACGGUGAAGAAGAUGCUGAAGGAAGUGGACAUGAAGGAAGACGAGCUCAGAGAAGAAAAGGAGAAAUACAAGGCGGUCUGCGACGACAUGGACGCCACGUUCGCCGAAAUGACCGGAUAUUAAAGUCGCGGAAACGGACGGAGUUUCAUUUAUUUUAUUAUUCUGUGCUUCUUUCGCUUGUUCGCUACACUUAACACGGACGCCAUACUUCAGACUUUGUCCAUCUGCGUCCAGCCAAGCUGACUUUUGAUUCGAUAUAACGUAUCGUGACACGUUUCGUAGCGCUUCCUACGAACAUGCUUCCUAAAAAUAAUUUGCUAAAUAAUUGCUAAUCGCACGUAACGAGCGAACAAACGACGUACACCUGCUUGUUUCUUAAUACAGAGAACGAAAUGUAAGCUUUGCUAAGCCGCUUCGCUUCGCAUAACACCUCGCCAAGGCUUCAAGAUCGACGCUGUAGAUCGAAAGUGGUCUCGAGAAGCGACAGUCCUUGUUUUCGAUAGAAUUGACGAUAGAUCACCUAUUUUUCUUUCAGAGGUUCCGAAGAGGAGAUCGUGAUACAUGAAAGCAAGCACGAUACUGCGCCCCCUUUUUAUCGUUGUAUAUCAAAUCUGAAUUUUCAAUAAAUUGGUACUUAACAAACAAACAA